AUGGAGGGGAAGAGGACGUUGACGAUGAAUUGGGAAGGUUUAGGAGAAGACGAUGACGAUGAUCGUUUUUUUGAGACAUUUGAUCGAAUAUCAUCUGCUGUGUCCCUUGAACUUGCCUCUUCUGACUCGUCCGAAGAUGAAUUCGAUGAGAGUCGCAUGUCUUUUGCUUCUGCUCUCUCAUCAGCUUCCAUUAAUUCCUUCCGUAGCCAUGAAUCAGUUGCACAAUCUUCAUCAAUGUUGGAAGAUUACGACAUGUGGACUGCGGAACCGGAGUCCAUCACAGAUCGUCGCAAACGCCUCCUUCAGGGUAUGGGGUUAUCGAGCAACAAGGACCUUUUGAGAGUCACCAGCACUAAAUUUGCUCGAGUCAUCUCUAAAAAAAUUGACAAUGCUUCAGUUGAUUCAUCUCCGUCGCAGGAAUCAAACCAAGGGCAUUCACCUUCAAUUCCUAUUGUGUUUGUCCGGUCUAGAUCCGAUGGAGAUAUUGAAUCGUUUUCUGCAAGUACCAAACAAAGAAAAGAAGAAUUAAUCGGUUCUAUAUCCAAACAGCGUAUUACUAGAACUUCAUCAGUGUUAUUAACACCAAGCACAGGUAUAUGUCACUGCGCCAAUUCUGUAAUAUUAUCACCAAAGACAGCUAGAAACCGAUCUUCAAUACCCAAUAAUGGAGCGUUGCAAUCUAUGUUGUCAGAUGGCCGGUUUGAUUCAUUUUUCCUGAUAAAGAAUUUGGAUACUGGAAAGGAGUUCAUUGUUAGAGAGUUCAAUGAAGAAGGAAUGUGGAAUAAGCUGAGUGAUAUUCAGACAGGAAAACAGCUUACCAUGGAGGAAUUCGAGAAGUGUGUCGGGCAUUCUCCUGUUGUUAAGGAGUUGAUGCGUCGACAGAUUGUUUCAAGACAUUCCGAUGAUGACAGGAAAGUUGGUGCAAAUUCGUACCUUAGUAAGAGCUUCAGAUAUAGCAAGAGGAGAGGGGUCGCUCUUUUGAAAAAUAUAAAAGGUGUAGCAAAUACAAUGAGUGGAUUAAUUGUUGACAAAGAAAGAGAGCAUCCUUUACCAGCAGACCAGAAAGCUAGCAAGAACUCCUCAUCCGAAUGGGUUAAAGUUCGUCAGCACGGGAAACACUAUAAGGAAUUCACUGGUUUGCAUUUGUGUCAAGAAAUUCAGGCUCAUGAGGGCUCAAUUUGGACCAUCAAAUUCAGCUUGGAUGCACAUUACCUUGCAACCGCAGGAGAAGAUAGGGUAAUCCGUGUGUGGGAAGUGCAAGACUGCGAUGUUAUGCCAACCAGACCGCCUGAUGACCUGAAUUCUGCCAGUGCCACUCCACUCCACCCAAUGGCAUGCAGUAUUUCAGAUCGGCCUCCUCUAGCUGAGAUCACACCUAUGCCUUCAGAAAAGAAGAAAAAGGGGAAGAAUUCUAACAGGAAAAAGGGCAACUCAAUUCCUGAUUAUGUCCAAGUCCCAGAAAGUGUGUUUGCACUUUCAGAAAAACCAGCAUGCACUUUCACAGGUCACCUCGAUGAUGUCUUGGACCUGUCUUGGUCAAGUUCUCAGCUGCUACUAUCAUCUUCAAUGGACAAAACAGUUAGGCUAUGGGACAUGGAAAGCAAGAGCUGUUUAAAGUUGUUCGCUCACAAUGACUAUGGUAAGAUGCUAUACUGCUCAAUUAUUCGUGGGCCCAACAAUGUAACUUGUAUACAGUUCAAUCCAGUGGAUGAUGAUUACUUCAUAAGUGGUUCAUUGGAUGGAAAGGUUCGAAUUUGGAGCAUACCUGACCGGCAAGUUGUAGACUGGACUGAUCUCCAUGAAAUGGUUACUGCUGCAUGCUAUACUCCUGACGGCCAGGGUGCUGUAAUUGGUUCACAUAAAGGGAGCUGUCGCUUGUAUAGCAUAGUUGAUUGCAAGCUAGAACAAAAAUAUCUUGUAGAUAUCCCAAACAAGAAAAAGGCUCAAGCAAAAAAGAUUACUGGUUUUCAGUUUGCCCCAUGGAGUUCAUCUGAAGUGCUCAUUACUUCCGCAGAUUCUCGGAUUCGACUUUUUGAUGGAUCAAAUAUCAUCCAUAAAUUCAGAGGUUUCCGAAAUACUAGCAGCCAAAUCUUGGCUUCAUUCAGCCCAGAUGGAAAAUAUGUCAUAAGUGCAAGUGAAGAUUCUCAAGUGUACAUCUGGAAGCAUGAAGACCCCCGAAAUAUAGGAACUGGGAAAAGCAGAAGUUCGACCACUGUCCAAUCCCAUGAACACUUCAAGUGUAGAGAUGUUUCUGUCGCAAUCCCAUGGCCUGGAAGUAUUAGAAAUGAGCCACCAAUAGUAGAAGUGCAUUCCAAAAGGCACUCAAAGCGCUCCACCCCACAACAGCAUUCCUCCAGGGGUUCUCCAACCGGAGAAGAUACCUUAGCAGCUACACAAAGUAAGAGACAGCUGCCACCCCUUCCAAAGAGAAGUAAUGUGUUGGAGAGAUCUUCAAGUUGCCCGGAUGAGGACCCUGCUCAACUUUCUCAUACAGACUCGGGGAUCGGUGCUAGUGAGUCAUUUGCUUCAGCUUCGGCUUCCCUUAGGUAUGGUGACUCACCUUCUAUUUCUGCUUCUAGCAGAUCUCAAUCUUGGUCUUCCUCUUGGCCUUGGUUUGAUGGUGGUAAUAGUCAUGGGAGCCACACUGUCCAAGCAACGGCAUGGGGCAUGGUAAUUGUGGCAGCAGGACUAGGAGGUGAGAUCAGGGUAUAUCAAAAUUUUGGGUUGCCACUUAAGGUUGGCCGGUAGAUCCAUCUAUUUAGAGACCACACAUAACAUUUCUGUAUCGGUAGAAAGUUUUGGAACAUAUACGUUUGUCUUUGGCAGAGUCUGCCCAAGAUCAAAAUUGUGCAACUGGGGUUUUUGUGAAUGAGAUUGAGAGUCAAAUUCAAGUAAAUGCCUAGCCUGUGCGUCUUGGUUGAGGGUCAUCCAUGUCAAUGGUGUUCUUCUAGCACCCGUCAUGGGAUAGACAUUCUACCGCAGAGUUUUCAAUCAUUGGGAAAUUUGGGCAUGUCUGCAUUGCAGAUGAUGAUUUUAUUGUAGUUGCAAUCAAGUGAUGGAUGUUAAUGGAAGUUUCAAACUGUUCCUUGAAGAUUUUCUUAGCCUGGUAAUUGAAAAUCAAUCAGAAACAAUCUGCGAGACGAUAGCAUUUACGAAUAACAGCUUGGAUUAUUCAUAUGUAAAUAACAAAUAUGUAUGAGUUAUAUAAUUUUUCUCUAUAUUAGAAUUUUUGACUUUGGAUAUUGAUGCUAAGGGUUCGAACGGGG